AUGCGAACGACAUUCUUUGUACUCCUAUCUGCAAUUGCCUUUCUUCAACUCCCAUCACGUUCAUUUGCGACUGCCCAAACGAAAACAGCGGCAGUCGAUGCUCAUAUGGUCGUGAAUAAAGGUGGAACUUUGAAAGGAACUAUGGUUAUUACAAAUUGUGAUAAAACUUCUCUCACACAAUCGAAAGAAACUUUAACAAAUACAUUAACGAAAAAAGUACAAGCUGAUGAUACCAAAAAUUCAAAUUCGAAAGUUAGUGUCACUGGUAUUCGAGAAUUAGAACCAGGAACACUUGCUUUCGAUUACGAAUGCACCGAAUCUAAAAAUCCCGAAAAAGCUAAAGAAACGUUGAACACCUGUGUGAAACACGAUGAUGUGAAGAAAGUUAUUGCAAAAUCAUCAUCCAAUGUUGCUACAACGCAGGCAAAACAACAAGCAAAUAUUCAACAAACUAAAGCUCAACCGACUACUCAAGCACCAAAAGCUGCAACAGCAGCUCCGAAAUCUUCCCAAAGCAAACCAACCAAAGCGGUUAAUCUCGAUUGUGACAAAACACAUCAAAUCGUCGCUCAAGAUGAGAAUUCAAUUACUGGUGUAUUUACUGUUCAUUCUUGUAAAGCAUCACGUUUCACUCAGAAACAAAGUCGAUGCACAUCUCUCGGUAGUAAACUCAGUUCAUUAGUCACCGAUCGUGUAGCUAAAACUGGUGAUAAGAAACCAUGUAGCGUUAAUAUCGUUAAAGCAAGUGGUACGUCAACUUCAACUGAAUUUCGGUACACACUUCCAUGCGAGAAAAGUCGUCAAAAAACUGUUAUUGAUUCGCUAAAAGACGCUUGUAAAGACAAAAAUUUUGCAGAUACAAUUACAAAUAUCAAACAAAAAGAACAAGGAGAAUCGAGUUCGUCCGAAAGUGACGAAAAUAACAAGAGUCCAAGUAAUCCAGUUAAAGUUGUGCAAACUGAACAGCCAAAGACAACCACGACAGCCAAACCAACAGAGAAGCCAACAACUGCCAAGCCCACAGAGAAACCAACAACUGCCAAGCCUACAGAGAAACCAACAACAGUUAAGACAACUCAACGAAAAACCACUAAGGCCGGCGUAACGAAGAAACAACCAGCCACAACACGUAAAGUUGAAGUGAAAAACUGCGACGAUCAUGACUACAACGACAAAGAUCAAGUCUUAACCGGUAAAAUCGUUGUUCAAGACUGUCCAUGUGAGAAACGAUUUGCCAACAAUGCAUCGCGUCUUGCUGCCGUUUCAUCAACUGUCUGCACACAGCUUCGAAACUACUUCCAACAACUGUACGGAACAAAGAUCAACUAUCCAUGCAGUCUCAAAGUAGUGACAGGAAACAAAACACACACCGUGUUCGCGUACACCGUCAACGUACCACAAUCAGAACAGAGCAAAGCCAAAGCAGCAGCCAAGAAAGCAUGUCAAGAUGAUCAAGUGAAAAAAGUGAUUGAACAAGAGUCGCUCAAACGCGAUGGCGAUGAUGAUAGUGAUAGUAGCAGUUCGGAAGAAACCACACGCGCUCAAGCCAAGCCUGUAACAACGCAGAAGGCUACAGUAGCUCCCACUCAAAAAGCUACUGAGAAGCCGACAGAAAAGCCAACCACCGCCAAGCCUACAGACAAGCCCACAGAGAAGCCAACAACUGCCAAGCCUACAGAGAAACCAACAACAGUUAAGACAAGUGAGUCGAAUUUUGUUUUGUCUUUACAGGUGUGA